AUGCAGAAGCCUAGUGGAAUGAGUAAGUAUACAGUUGAACGGUAUUUCAAUGUUGCUGCGCAGAUGUAUGCAUGGAUUGAAGACAACAAUCCGCCAGUUCUUCGUACUGCUUACGGUGGAAUGCAACUAUUUCAACUGCCGCCUGCCGUAGCUAACGAAACUCGUCACGACAACGAUGAUCUCCCAAUCGUAAAUCCACAUCCAUUCGAACCACAUGAUCCACUCAGCUUCUGUUAUUUUCUUUUGAGACAAUUAUUUCUGGAUUGA